AUUACUGUGCAGUUAACACGGUAGAGACUACGCUUACAAACUCCUCCCUCUCUCCCUCUCUCUCUCUCUCGCGCACAAUUCGUAAUUUCACUCGGGUUGCAGGCAGGCCAUCUGGGUUCCUUCCCUUUUUCCUUUUGCUGAGCCGAGCAUGGUAAUUCGACGGUUCCAUUGAGAGCGAAGUUCAAGCUUUCAUUGGAUUGUCGUCUCUAAUGUGAGUUUUUGCUGGUGGAAGACCCUUUUUCUUUGCGAAGCUUUUUGCUCUGGAAAGGUCGAGCUUUUCUCUCUGGAUCAUCGAUGGAGGAGGAGAAGAAUGCUUUUUAUGUUGUGCGCAAGGGGGAUGUUGUUGGUGUUUACAAGAGUUUAUCCGAUUGCCAAGCUCAAGUUGGAUCAUCUGUACAUGAUCCGCCGGUCAGUGUGUUCAAAGGGUAUUGUUUGCCAAAGGAGGCUGAAGAGUUCCUAAUGUCACGUGGUCUUAAAAAUGCUUCUUACACUGUCGAUGCUGCAGAUUUGAAGAAUAAUAUUUUCGGUCAUCUUGUGCAUUGCCCUGAUCAGCAACCGGCUUCUUUUAGAAGGUCUACCGUCAACAAGGAGUAUCCAUUACAGAGUCCGCAGAGAUUGCUCACAUCAGGUUUAAAUGCAGUUGGGUCAUCCGCAAUUUCCCCUAGUUCCUUGAGGUCUGCAUCAUUCUGCUUUGUGCAGGCAGUUGGGUCAUCCACAAUUUCCCCUGGUUCCUUGCAAAAGAACUUCAACUUAGAGAAUGUAAUUGCUAGUCCAACAAUAUCCUCCAAUCAUUUGUCAUGUAUAAUUGAAUUUGAUGGUGCUUCUAAAGGAAAUCCUGGACAAGCUGGUGCUGGAGCUGUUCUGCGUGCCGCAGACGGAAGUGUGUUUUGUCGGUUACGUGAAGGUGUAGGCAUUGCUACAAACAAUGUUGCUGAAUAUCGAGCCGUAAUUUUGGGGUUGAGAUAUGCUCUGCAGAAAGGUUUUAACCAUGUUCGAGUUCGGGGAGACUCGCAACUUGUCUGUAUGCAGAUCCAGGGUCUAUGGAAGACAAAAAAACAGAAUAUGGCAGACUUGUGUAAGGCAGCUAAAGAACUCACGGAUCAAUUUUCAUCAUUUGAGAUCAGUCAUAUUGUCAGGGAUCUCAAUUCCGAAGCUGAUGCCCAAGCUAAUCUGGCCAUAUAUCUAAGGGAAGGUCAAGUUGAGGUGGAUCAUAUCUAGUGCAGGCCGGAGGCCUCAGCUGCUAAUUCUGGGUAAUUCUUGCGAUCGUGUUCUAUAUGACAUGGUGGUUAAUUUAGGUGCUGGACCAACUAUGUACAUGUAACACUUAAUCAUAUGACUCGUAGGUAACAAUCUGGAUGCUGUAGGACUAGUUAUAUAGCGAAAGUAUCUAUCUUGUGUGCUAUCAAGCAGUCGUCAUGCCAGUGCAUGGGAAACUUUGAGUUCGCGCUUGGUGCAUCCGAAAGACCCAUUGGGGUUGCUUGAUUA